GGCUGUCACGGACACUGCUGCUAAUGAAGAAAUCUGUACGACAUAGAAGCUAUAUAAGCAGUGACCGUCUUCCCCACAAGCACAACAAGCAGAAGCAGAAGCAGAAGCUAGCAGCUAGUAGACGAGCGACGAGUAGCUAGCUAGCUAGCUAUCUAGAGAGCUCAUCAUAUCGCUGCUCGCUCUCAUCCACCAUUAUAGAGAAGAGCAGAUCGAGCUGCAGCUGGCAGAGGCCGAGUUGUUGCUAGCUAGCUCCUGCUUGCUAAAUUUGCAUCGUAUCCGAUCCAUUCCAUGAAGAAGUCGUCGAUGAUGGCGCCCAUGACGAUCAUGGCGAGAGUUGCCGCUGUGCUCGUCCUCUCGUCGGCUGCCAUGGCUUCCGCCGCAGGAGCAGCUGGGCUGGACAUGAAUUUCUACGGCAGCACGUGCCCGCGCGUGGAGGCCAUCGUCAAGGAGGAGAUGGUGGCGAUCCUCAAGGCGGCGCCGACGCUGGCCGGCCCGCUGCUCCGCCUCCAUUUCCACGACUGCUUCGUCAGGGGCUGCGACGCCUCCGUGCUCCUGGACUCGACUCCCACCAGCACGGCGGAGAAGGACGCCACCCCGAACCUCACCCUCCGGGGCUUCGGCUCCGUGCAGCGCGUCAAGGACCGGCUGGAGGAGGCGUGCCCGGGCACCGUCUCCUGCGCCGACGUCCUGGCGCUCAUGGCGCGCGACGCCGUCGUGCUGGCCAACGGCCCCUCCUGGCCCGUCGCGCUGGGCCGCCGCGACGGCCGCGUCUCCCUCGCCAACGAGACCAACCAGCUGCCCCCGCCCACCGCCAACUUCACCCGCCUCGUCAGCAUGUUCGCCGCCAAGGGCCUCUCCGUCAGGGACCUCGUCGUGCUCUCCGGCGGCCACACCCUCGGCACCGCGCACUGCAACCUCUUCAGCGACCGCCUCUACAACUUCACCGGCGCCAACAGCCUCGCCGACGUCGACCCGGCGCUCGACGCCGCCUACCUCGCCCGCCUCAGGUCCAGGUGCCGGAGCCUCGCCGACAACACCACGCUCAACGAGAUGGACCCCGGCAGCUUCCUCAGCUUCGACUCCAGCUACUACAGCCUGGUGGCCAGGCGCCGGGGGCUCUUCCACUCCGACGCCGCGCUGCUCACCGACCCGGCCACCAGGGCGUACGUCCAGCGCCAGGCCACGGGGCUCUUCACCGCCGAGUUCUUCCGCGACUUCGCCGACUCCAUGGUCAAGAUGUCCACCAUCGACGUGCUCACCGGCCAGCAGCAGGGCGAGAUCAGAAAGAAAUGCAACCUCGUCAACUGACAAAUAAUACGUACAUUAAUUGCUGCUGGUUUUGACGAUGCCUUUCACUUACGUUCAUCCACUUAAUUCAUGCAUCCAUGUUGGUUGGGUUCAUUCAAUUAUUAUAUUCGUUGCUUACCUUUACUUUUGCUUGGUUAAUCUUAAUUAAAUCGUGUGAGUUUUCUUUUCUUUUCUUGAGUAUAUAUAUGUAUGUACGUAGAGCGUGAUGAGUGCCUUUUCAAGUUUAUUGUUUUUUUACUUUUUCCUCUCGUGCAUAUGGUUCAAAUCCAUGAUGAUGAUGUAAUGCGCAUGUAAUUAAUAAUGACAAUCAAGUCAAUAAACACACAUGCAAUUUAUA